AUGCAAGGUCGUCGCACCAUAGCCUCCACCAUGAUCCUGUCCCAAAUCUGGCAUAUAACGGCGUCGAACCACCGACGACCCCUCGUAUCGCCCCCUCCUGCAUCGUAUGUGGCAUCACGACAAGCACAUCGGACUCGGCAUCCCCCACAUUGCGUCCACAAUUCGCAGCCAACGGUUGCUACUCCUGCAGCGAUUAAUGUGCUCACCUGCCUCCGAUUCCCCUCCGCCUUGGGCGUGUUUGGUCCAGCAACAGUUGUUCAGUGCCUCCAGCAACUGUACCGGACAUCACACCCAUUUGACUUUCUGUGGCAAUGCCCCCACUCAUUAUCGGCGUGGAUGUAUACUACCGAGCUCCAUCCAUUGUGGCUUGACGUGUGGUUUGAAUGGUCACGCGUACCCUUGGAACGACGUAUUUCCAUUGCCCCGGACAUUGCUACCACUCUCGACUUGCCCCUGUGGGACUCAACGUUCGCGCCAUUCCUCGAUAUCCACAAAAACAACGCUGCACGCAUGUCGUCAAAACGAGCACCUACUGGUUCGUGGUGCCUCCAUGGUGCUAGCAACGGGCUUCGCAGCCUCCGUGAUUUUCUACGUGUUGGUGUCGGCGGAUCGUGGCCCUCCUUCCACCAAUUUAUUGCCGCCAUGUCGUCCGGUAAUCGGGCAGUCCCAGUCGUGUUGCAGAACGGGUCGAUCCGUUUUGCCCCAGUCGAAAAGUCCCGUCUGAUUUACGAGCAUUUCACGAAAAUCCUCCGCGAUGUCAAACUGCUGUACUCAAUCCCCCACGACGCCCAGCUCCAAAUGCUUCCUCUGACCGACCAUACCUUUCAACCGAAAAUCAAGUACAUCGUUGUUCCGUUUGAGGUGUGGCCGAAGUGA